CUUUAAUAAAUAAAUAUAAAAUAAUAUGACUGAAUCAGAAUACUCACAAUUUCUAUUUGAAAAGCAUGAUCCAAAUAAAUUCAAUAAAUAUGAGGAAAUAAAAUAUCUUAGAGGGUUCAGGUUGCCUAAUGAUAAGAAUAGUACAAUUUAUUUAUUGGAUGAUGAUGGAGGGUAAAUAAUUUCUUGAAUUUAGUUGGUGUGAUAUAAAUGGUUGUUACUAUAAUUUAGAAGGUGAACCUAGUGGUUGGAUUAUUUUAUCAAGAGAUGGGAAGAAAUUUAUGAAAUUUAGUAUGAAUUCUGAAUUUGUUUAUGAAAAGCCAAAUCUUUAUUAUUCAAAUAAGUCAUUUAAUAUAAUACUUUAGAAAUAAUAAGAUUAAUAAAAAUAAUAGCCUUAAAUAGAAUUUAAAAAAUAAUAAUAAAAUCAACCUAAUUAAGAAAAUUAAAAGAAGUAAGAGAAUAAAAAAAAAGAUAAAUAAAAAGUAAAUGAUGGCGAAAAAGUUAAGUAUAAUUAAGAAAAAGUAAAGGAUUAAAUAUAAAGUGAAAAAGAAGAAUAAAGUGAUUUAUAUAUUGAAAAAAUUGAUAAAUAGCUAUCAAAUGAAAUAAGCAAUUCAAAAGUUGAUCAAAAAAAUGAUUAAGAAAAAGAAUCAAAUAAAUAAAAGGAUAGAUAAAAAAAAGAUAAAAGAAACAAAAAUAAAAAAAAGGAAGAUAAUUAAAACAAUGGUGAAUCAAAGAAAUAUUAUAUAUUAAAUAUCAACGAAAAUACUUUGAUCAAAGAGUAGUUUAUCAAAUGUCUGAUUGAAGAGUACAAAAUUAAAGAAGAUGAAAUAUUAGAAUAUAAUGAAAAUAUCUUAAAACUAGUUUAAGAGAAAGAUGCUAUAAAAUUAUAUAGAUUGAACUAAAAGGAUUAAACUGAUAAAGUUUAGAAAUUCAUUGUCUCCACAUGA